CUCUACCUCUUGAACUCCUACCUCUUUCAAUUGAACUUAACCUCUGGUAUUUCUCCCCUGCCCUUAUCUGACUUCAACCUUAAAGAAGAAAAGGAAGAAAAGUGAGGAAAUCCAGAUAGUAGCGAUCCAAUCCUAAAAACCACUGCCUAUACAAGGUCACUGAUGGUCUCUGCCGUCACCGGCAACAUCCUCUCGGUCGGUAGUGGUCGGCAUCGGGGACACCCCCGCUUAUCUUUCUCUCCCUCCCCGUUUAGGUUCCCCCCCCCCCCCAAACAAAACCGGGUUGAAGAAACUAGGGCCGGUUUGGUGCCGGUCCGAUUGGGUCAAUGAAUUUUCAGAAAAUCGUCCGGUUCUCAUAGGUUCAACCGGGUUUGACUUGCAGUGCAAACAGAAAGAAUCCGUCCGCAAAUUGCAUCGGUGGGCCAUCAAUCUCCUCCCUCUGCGAACAGCUCCGAUCGCCGGACGGUGCUCUACUGGAGCUUUGACGCCGCGACUUAUCAUCCGUCCGCUGCCCAUGGUGAAAUCGUUAUCGGAUAGAAGUUCAGGAUCACUCUUCUCGCGUUAAUUACGAGGUAAUCGGGCUCAUAUCUUAAGCAAAUGAGAAAACUUGAUGGCUUCUGAGCCCUAAUCUCGUGGAUUCUGCUCCGCAUAUUCAUCGGCUGCAGCCACAAAUUUCUAUCGAGGCAGAUUGAGAUUUCAUUUAAGCCAAGGUUAUUGAAGUCGAGUCAAUUUGAGUGCUGCAUAAGUUGAGUAUGAAUGGUCAUUCCUUGAACAGUUUUCUUGUUCUCCUUGGCCUUCUCGGCUUCAUUAGUGGCAGCUUCUGCUCCAGCCACGUGAAUUCCGUAGAGGCCAGAAUCUUGAAGGCUGAAGAAGAGCUAUGGGAGGAAUCUUUACCUCUGAAAGCAGGUUCUCGGGUUUAUAAGUUGGAAGGAAUCAAACCGAAUACGUGGUAUGAAGUGAAGAUAUCAUACCCAGCUUCUAUGCCUGCUUUCUUCUCUUUGCAACUAGUGAGAGGUGAUUCAGAGUCGGGAAUGAACCUGAACAGAAGACUUCUUAACACCGAAAAGAUAAUCUUUAAGACAGAGAGCCUUGACGUGAUUCAGAAACAGGGUGGAAUUAGCGUCUUGGUCACUGUGGAACCAGAGGGAGUCGUUGCCUUAAAGAACGUUCGAGAAAGAGAAUUCAUAAUUUUUAACAUCGUUUGUAACGAGCUCUUACUGGGCAUCCCUCAACAAGUCUGGUGGGUCGUACUACUUGUUCUGCUCUGUCUCGUGGCCGCCUUCAUAAUUCCGCUGUUCCUGCCACCAUAUUUACUGCCCAGAAAUCAUACUCGAGUCUCGGAGCAUCAAAAUGACCCUAAAACGUCUUAGAAGGCAGAUAUCCAUCUUAGUUGGAUCAUGCCGUUCCGUCUUCUUUAGGCUGUGAGAAGGCAUUGGGCUCCGUCUUCCAGUUCAUGACACUAGCAGCUGCAUCAUCAUGAACUUCAGGUCGUUCAACUUAAAUCUUGUCUUCUUUUCCUUGUUUAACUCGGUUAGGGUGUUUUUUUUUUUCGCUGAAUAAUGCAUAAUUUUUAUUAAUCAAAACGAAGAGGAAGCUACAUAGUUACCAAUGUUCGGAUAUCCCUGGAAAAUACAGAGAGUGUUAAAAUUUGACUUUGAGCCGAAUUGGCCUAGAUCAUGAGCCAGAGUGUUAUCCAACCUUGGAAUCCAUGAACAUUUCCAGUCUAUAAGGCAGUUCAGAAUAGAAAUAAUAUUUGAUACUAAGCUCCUAAUCUCCCACGGUGAGGCGUGUGGGUGCAAAAUGGCAUCUACUAGCAUUAGUGCGUCACAAUGAAGCCAGAUCUUCGUGAGUCCUCUUUCUGCAGCUAUUGAAAGUGCAAGGAAUGUAGCUCAGGUCUCUGCUUGAAGUGGCGUGUCCUCGUGUGAUAUUUUGAACCAUGAAAGUGUUGAAGGACUACGUGGGUGUUGAAGGACUCCUGAUAGGCAUGAGGUGGUAUUUCGCCAGGACGCGUCCGUGCUGAUGAUGCUCCAAUCGGGGCCUGAGGGUUCUAGUGAAGGUUCGAGUUGCAAGGUGUUUUUGAGUUGUUCUGUAUUAAGCAAAUUGAUGCCCUUUGCAUGACUUUGUAAAAGAAAUGAGACGUAGUUUAACCUCGAAGAAUAAUUUUUGACGAUGUGAAAA